UCUACCUAGUUGGGGCAAACAUGGCUUCCCAUGGGAAGCUCAGGAAGGACAAGGUUGGCCUGGUGGACUAUGACACACAAAUUAAGGAGGUUCGCUGUCAGCUGGUGGACCAACUGAAAGUUAUGGACGUGCAACUGGAGCAGAAGAGCCAACAUCUGCAUGACUUUGCCGACUACAUGCGGCGACGAAGCGAGAUCGAGAGCGAGUACUCACGAUCCCUGGACAAACUGGCCGAGAGGUUCACCAACCGCAUCAAGAGGAAAGAGGCAAGCAAUCAUUCUGUGGCCCAAAUGUGGUUGGCCUUACUGUCACACACGCGGCAAGAAAGUAAAGAUCACACCCAGCUGAGUGACAACUGCUCCACUUUCCUCAUCCAGCCUCUCUACCAUUGCCUGGAGUACACACAGAGGCUGGCCAAGAAGAGUAAAGACAUAUGCACUCAGCUUCAGGACGGCCUGCUCAAGGUGACCACAGAGCUUCAAACUGCAUGGCGGACAUAUUCCCACUACCACGCCGACUACCUGUGUGCGGACGGGAAGUUAAAGGAGGCGGAGAAACAGGAGGAAAAGCAGAGGCAGAGUGCAAAGAAACUGGAAAGGCUCAUUGAGAAGAGGCAAGGAAAAGUCCAAGACAUUUACUUGAAGUGCACCAAGGCCAGAAAUGAUUACCUGCUCAAUUUGGCGGCGGCGAACGCUUCCAUGAACAAGUACUACCUCCAAGACAUCUCGACUCUCAUUGAUGUGGUCCGCGGAGGCGGGCACUUAUCUUUGGGCCGAGUGAUGCAGGCUUAUCUGUCCAGUCGGCACCAGCUCCAGCACAACAUGAAUUCGGGCCUGCAACAUCUUCAGCGCUCGGUCUCCGUGCUAGACCAGGGCCGGGACCGGGACGCCCUCCUGCAGGACCAUCACGUCACCUUCUGUUUGCCCCUUCGCUUUCCCUACCAGCCCCACGAUGGAGACCAGCUUUCUGAGAUUAGCGCAGAGAGUGAGAUGAGAUGUGAGCUGGAGACCAGAUUCAAACAGAUCCAGACCAGGCUGAAAGCGGUUGCAGAGGAAACGCAGGAGGCAAACAAGAGCAUGUCAGCUGCCCAGUCGUCUUUGUUGGAAACUAUGGCCGACUUGGACUUGGAGCCUAACAGCAGCCAGGAGGAGAGCACAGAGAGCCUGCUAGCCCGGCCCAGUGUGGCUCGCCGCAGAGCCAACCAGCAAGAAAUAGAGAACCUCUACCUCAUUAGAGUCAAGGAGUUCCUGGUCGGCACCUCUUUGGAGUCCAAGCUGCAAGCCAAACACGACCUGCUUAAAGUUGCUGUUGAAAAAGGUCAAGCAUCAAAUAGACAUCUGCCAAGACACAAUGGGAAGUCUACACGUGUUCGAAAACUUCCCUCCAGUAGCAGUUUGUUGCACAACCACAAACUUUUCAACGGUGACAUGCUGACCUUCAUGCAGGCCUCAGGUCAACAGAUUCCAGUUGUGGUGGAAAGUUGCAUUCGCUUCAUCAAUCUCAACGGCCUCCACCAUGAAGGCAUAUUUCGGGUGUCGGGUUCUCAGGUGGAAGUCAACAAUUUGAGGGAUGCGUUUGAACGAGGAGAAGACCCACUGGCCGAACACACAUCUGACCUGGAUUCUGUUGCUGGAGUGCUAAAGCUGUAUUUCAGAGAUUUGAAGAAUCCCCUCUUCCCUGUAGACAGCCUCAGUCGCCUGCUGGAGUACGCCUACAUCAAAAACGAUGGCGAAAGAGCUGAUCAGCUGAAAAGUGUCAUCUCGUCCUUCCCUGAGCCGCUCAUCAUUGUCAUGAGAUACCUCUUUGCUUUUCUUCAUCACGUGUCGCAGUACAGCGACGAGAACAUGAUGCAGCCGUACAACCUGGCCGUGUGCUUCGGUCCCAGUUUGGUCAGAGGGACUCGGGAGCAGGAGCAGGACCAGCACCAGGACCAGCAGGACGCUGUCUCCCUGCAGCCGCAGAUCAACGCCCUGGUCAAGAGUUUCAUCAUCCAGCACGAGAGCAUCUUCCCCGGUCAGAGCGAGGUGCGAGGUCCCGUGUACGAGAAGUGCAUGACACUGGAACAAGAUGACGGUGAGCCAAAUGUGGAGGAAGGUGACGGUGAGGCAGAGUUCUGUAAAAUUGAAGUGGAAGCGGGACACCCGGUCAAUCGCAGUAACUCAGCGACAGGAGCCCUGCAGAAAAACAGCGAGGCUUCCAAAGCUGACAAGAGUGGAUUGGCGGAUCACCGCAGGACUGCAUCGGGACCAGCCGGGGGUAGCGUCCCCACGGGCGGGGCAAAGGUCAUUCUCCAGAUUCCCACCGGGCCCCAAUGCCGGCCAAGGAGGAUCCACUCUCCUGGUUUUGCACGUAGAGAACAGAUGAACGCCUCCCCUGAAGAUGUCAUCAAUGUAGAUAAGGAUGUAUGUCGGCAGAUGGACUCGGUCUUCAAAGAGCUCAUCUCCAAGCGUACCCUGCAAGAGCACCCAUCUUCCUCGUCUUCCUCCUUUGCAGGAGCCCCAAAGGAACGGCGGGUGUGAGGGGGGAGCCUCCAGAAUGAGUGCACUUGACUAAAAUGAAUUAAGUCAACACAUGAAAGCUGUGAAAACAA